UAAUGUUUGACAAUAGAAAUUAGCAACAGCCAACAAUGUUUGGAGCUUAAUAACAAUAAUAAUAAGUUUUCCCUCCUUAAUACUAAGGAGUUGAUCCAUAUGCUUAAAGAAGUCCACCAAAGACAAAUCCUUAAGGUUCUUUAGGUUAUUAAUAACAACCUCAAAGUAAUUACAUUUAUUAAACACCUUAAUAAGGUUUAUAAACAGUGUAUGAACACAAAGUUAUAACAACAGGUUAAGUUUAAUCAUCUUAAAUAUAAUAAAAUCCAGUAAUAUAAUAAUAAUAAGAAAUUACAAUAAAGAGUAAAGGUUCUUAUUGUAUUGAUUGGUGUGUAUAUUUUAUUCCAAUUUUAUUCUUGGUGGCAAUAUUAGGAUUUAUGGGCAUGAUAAUAGCUUAAAAAGAAAGAGAUUUUAAUUAAGCACCAAUAAAUAAUGUAUUAUAAUCAUUGAGCCACAAUUAAGCAUUGACUCCAAUUGCUGAUAUAGUAUCACCUCAUCCUCCAAGACCAUCUAGUAUGCAUAGUCAUUUCUAACAUAAAUCAGAGACAGAACUAUGUCCAGAGGGAUUUACAAUAACAACAUUAGGAGAAUGGCCAGGAAUUGAUUCUGGAUGUAUUUGUGAUUAAGAAAUCAAAAAACAAGGAUUUUGUUGGGCUAGAAGUGGAUGUAAUUCAAUAGACGGUUAAAGUCCUCGAUAAUUUUAAAUUUGGAAUGGAGGAAGAGUUUGUUAGAAAUUGACUCUCGGUUGGACUAAAUGGAAUGGAAGUGAAUGUAGUGUUGGAUUUAAAUAAUGUGGUAAUAUUUGUGUUCCAACUGAUGGAAAUCCUGCAAGGAAUUGUCCAUUGUCAGACUUAACAUUAUUAAAUGAGGAUCCAACAGCAGAUCCAAAUCCUACUUCAAUCAAUACUUAAGUUGUCAAAAUUGGUGAUAAAUGGUACAGAAAAUCUUAUGAAGGAAAUCCUAUUGUAGCAUUUGCAAUUAUUCCAGGAGAUGCAGAAACAAGUUAGAAUUCAGCUCCUUGUUUUAAUGAUGUUACAACAUCAACUUUUGAAUCAGAAUAAUCUUAUCCUUUAUUAAAGAAACCAGCUACUGGUUGUGAUAAUUUUGGUAACUUUAAAAAUGAAGUUGUUAAAAUUGAUACUUAAUAAGCAAAAAAGAUACAUGAGGAAAAUGGAAUUCUAUCAACUCUUCAUUCUAUUCCAAAAUAUCUAUCAUAUGAAGUUGGUUCUGAUUCAUAUACUUUAGAAGCUAUCAAAAGAAUUGCUGUUAAUCCAUCUGCUGAAUGCAGUUCAUUUUCAGCUGCUGAUGUUAAUUAACUAGUUGAAGAUAGUUAAGACAUUUAUUUGUAUAGAAAAUGGUUUAGUAUUAUUAUAUUUUGGAUUUGUGUAAUUGGACUUGUUUUAUUUGUUUAUCUUUAUUUAAUUAAAAGCAGAGUAUAAAUCUAUUUAAUAUUUAGAACUUUUAAUCAUUGAAUGUAUCACAAAUCAAAUAACCUAAAAUAUUUAUUCUUAUUGCAGUCAUAGUGGCUAUUUUGUGUAUCGCAUUUGGAUCACUUUAUUUCUACAACAUAAGUGGAAAUGUAAUUAUUUUUCAAUAAUUAUAUAGAAUGGUUUGAUUAAUGUUGAUUCAAAAUUCGAGUCAUAUUUGGAAAAUGAGUGCUUUAAUGAUAAAGGAAUCAAUAAUGUAAUUUUUUAUUGAUUAUAAUUUAGUCUAUAGAGAAAAUACACAAUUUUGCUAAUUCUUAAUAUUCAACUAUUGGUUGUUGGAUUUCAUGGGCAUUUUGGUUAAGUUUAGCAUUUUUAAUUUUGAUAAUUGUCAUGAUUAUUAUCUAAAACGGGUCUCAUGGAAGUUUGUGCAUCAAUCCAUGGUAAUCUAGCUAAGUUUUUGGAUAUAAUGAAUUUUAGUGAAAAAUUU